AGCUAAAAGUAGAUGAAAAAUUUCAAGACCAGAGUGUAACACGCAACUAAAAACAGGGGACAUGAACAGAGCUAGAAUUGUCUACAGCAAUCUAUUUCGUAUUUGCGUUUGUUGUUUCCUCUUCCGCCACGGCACAUAACAGAGAGAAAACCAUCAGAACAUAAACCCUUUCUUUCAUCUAUUUUCUAAAGAAAAUCUGCCAGGGUUUUCAAUCCCAUCCACCCACGUUGUCAUCUUCUCUCGCCUCUCUCUCUCUAUGUGCGUCUACUUUCCCAAACUUGCGGACGUUUCUGUCGCAGCUUUCCUUCUAUCUUUGAACUGGACGUUGGUUUCAUCCCGAUUACUCAUAUGAACAAGCAGUGUUCAGCAAAUGCGAAGAGGGGAAGCUCUCGAAACCUCUCCUGUAUUUCUCCAUCAGAUAAAAAAUAACUCUCACUCUCAAUAAAAGCUGGCGUAAUUCGAGAAUUGAAUGGAAAGCGUGACCCAGUUACUUUCUUCCCCAAACGGCUCUGGUUUCUUCAUAAGUUCCUUGCAACUCCAAAUUGGUACCGACAUGAAUUCAAUUCCAGUCUUCAUGUUUUUUCGUUCUCCUCACGUUGCCUGUCGUUUCCUUUCUAUUUAUUUGUUUGGCCUUGAAAAUCAAGUAAGAAAGUUCUGAUUGAGCCGAACAGUUUCGCAGUUCGUGGUAGAACUGCGAGGAAAGCAAGCGUUCUGCCUAAGAAGCACGCAGAGUGGUAAAAAACUGAUUCUCUUCGGUUUGUGGUCGGUUGCUGAUACUAAUAAAGGGUUUUGAUUGUUACAAAACCAGACCCACUUCACCGUUCGCAAUCUAGGAUGCUAUUUCAUGCUCUGGUUUGGCCGUUAGUAUAAGAAAAAAAAAAAGUCCAUCUUUUGAGUUUUGCCCACAAUUCUUUUGUCUGGGAAAAGGUUCUUCUGGCAGUUAUUGGAUCUCGAAUUCCUCAAAACAUAAUACCCAGAAGCUGAGGCUGAUAGAUUAUUGAGGUUAAUAGGGAACCAAGGAUAGUGAUGAUGGAGGAAGGCAAGGAGCCUGGGACGUUAACUAGAACAAACAACUAUAGGGUUUUGUUGCCACUAAGAAUCCUUCAGUUUUUCUUGCUUUUUUUGUUUCUGGGUCUUGGAUUUUCCGUUGUUAGUAUGUAUAUGAUCCGAUUUUUUGGAGUUCAGAAUGUCUUUCCACUAGCAGAGUCCAGUUUCAAGACCUGCUUUGAGGAGCCAAGUAGUUUAGAAAGGUGGAUUAGGCCCCCAUCGAAUUUGUUGCACACAAUGAAUGACACUGAGCUGUUCUGGCGGGCAUCUUUUGUUCCGCGAAUAAAUAGAUAUCCAUUCAAGAGGAUUCCCAAAAUUGCCUUCAUGUUUUUGACAAGGGGACCAUUGCCACUGGCACCGCUUUGGGAGAGAUUCUUUAGGGGGCAUGAAGGACUUUAUUCUAUCUAUAUUCAUUCGCUGCCAUCGAACGCGCCCAAUUUCACAGCUUCAUCUGUGUUCUAUGGGAGGCAAAUUCCUAGUCAGGUUGCUGAGUGGGGAAUGAUGAGCAUGUGUGAUGCUGAGAGGAGACUCUUAGCUAAUGCAUUACUUGAUGUUUCCAAUGAGUGGUUUGUCCUCCUGUCUGAAUCCUGCAUUCCUCUCCACAACUUCAGCAUUAUCUACCGCUACAUAUCGAGGUCAAGGUACAGCUUCAUGGGUUCCUUUGAUGAACCUGGACCCUAUGGGAGAGGACGUUAUAAUUGGAACAUGGCACCCGAAGUCCACCUCACGCAAUGGCGUAAGGGCUCACAGUGGUUUGAAAUUAAUAGGAAACUUGCCGUCAGCUUAGUUGAAGACACCAUUUUCUACCCAAAAUUCAAGGAGUUCUGCAGACCAUCUUGUUAUGUGGAUGAGCACUAUUUCCCAACCAUGCUUAGCAUCCAAGCACCACACCUGUUGGCAAACAGGAGUGUCACUUGGGUGGACUGGUCAAGGGGUGGGCCCCACCCUGCUACAUUUGGGAAGGCUGAUAUUAAAAAGGCAUUCUUCCAGAGAAUAUUUGAACAUUCUUCCUGCAUUUACAAUAACCAGCCGUCUGCACUUUGCUUUCUUUUUGCAAGAAAGUUUUCUCCGAGUACUUUGAAUUCGCUACUAGGAAUUGCAUCUGAAGUGUUAGGAUUUUGACAAGAAGUUGGAGAUCAAACAAUGGUUGAUGGCAAUUAAGGAAAGGCUUUAGGCGUGAAUGGUCCUGCUUUUGGCCUUCGUAUAUGACUUCUUAUACCUGUGGAUAUGGCUUCUUGAGAAGAGUCAAAAGCACUUUAGAGGCAAAAAAUUAGGUACAAGGGUUGUCAUUGUAGUUCAGCUUCCUGUUUAUUAUACAUGUUUACAUCUAGUUUCCAGCCUGCUGGAAGUAUUGGAAUCAUAUCAUAUUAAAUGAUUAUUUACAUCUCA